AUGAAGAUAGUCAAGUCACCACUCUGUUUGGCGUUCUACUUCGCCUCUCUCUGCUUGACAUCAGAUGGAUUUGUUAACUACGAAAAGGAUGCUAUUACAAUUCUUGGGCUGAAAUCCUUCAAAUCCCUUGAAUCAACCACAAAAUUAGGAUCGCGUCUUCAGGUACAUGGUGUGAAAACAAAAGCGGCUGGGUCAUUGUUCUUGGCUAAAUCUGAGCGUAAUGACAUCGAAAUCAUGGAUGGCACACCAAAGACGGAUGAUUCAUUCUUGGAAGAAUCUGAAUUCACAGACCAAGUUGCCGACAACGAAGUCAUGAAUGAGCAUGGCGGUCUUUUCUCGAGCAUUCUUUUGCUGAAUUUUGUCGCAAUUUUGUGGGGAACACAGCACGCAAUCAUCAAGAAUUUGGUACAAGAUACUACACCCGCCUCCUACUCGUUGCUGCGGUUUGGACUUGCUGCUCUACUUUCAAUUCCGUAUCUUCCUAAACUGCCUUCAAAGAAAAAUGGAGACAACUCGUAUGAUGCUUGGCGUUGGGGAUGUGAAUUAGCAAUAUACCAAUUUCUUGGUUUCGCGUUACAGGCAAUAGGACUAGAAACGACAACGGCAUCACGAUCGGGAUUUCUUCUCUAUCUUAAUGUCAAGUUUGUUCCUCUCUUUUCUUGGCUUAUUUUCAAAAAGUCAAUAUACCCCGCAACGUGGAUUUCUGCACUUUCCGCAUUUAUUGGUACAGCUUUGUUGGCAACAGAUGGUAGUGAAUUUGGGUUUUGUGUAGGAGAUACUUGGAGCAUCGCAGCUGCUGCUUCGUCAGCAAUGUUCAUACUUCGCCUCGAAGAGGCAUCUGCAAGAGUUGAGAACUCUUCUCAAUUGAAUGCUGCUUGUCUAUUGGUUGUCACGAUCCUUUCUUUCGUAUGGGUGACUGCUCAAGGUGAUUCGUCGAUCACGACUUUACUUGACACGGCCACUUCACAUCCCAUAGAGUUGGUAUAUCUUGGAGGCAUCGCAACGGCUCUGACCAACUAUCUUCAGACUCGCGCACAGCAAAAGGUUUCUGCUGAACGCGCAUCGAUUAUAUAUAGUUUGGACCCAGUGUAUGGUGCUUUCUUUUCGUGGCUCUUGCUUCAUGAAACGCUGGGGGGAAUCCAGAGCUACAGUGGAGCUGCUUUGAUUACGGUUGCUGCUGCAACAAACGCCUUUGUCGACUUGGGAUCUGAUUCCGAUGAAUCCGCAAAAGUCCCGUGA